AUGCUCCUUCAGAUACCCGGGCCUGGAGGAGCGGAGAAGGCGAACGCCUUAGUAGAGAAGGCGUCAAAGGCAUUGAAAGUCGAGAGGGUCCGGUUUACCCGUCCCGUUAAGCACGCCGAAGUGCGUGUCAGGGACGUGGUGCCAUUCCUCACCCCUGAAGGUAUUGGUGCUCCCCUAACAGCGGCAGAUAGAUGCCAGCCCGGUGAGGUUUGCACCGGGCUGGUAAGGUCCUCCCCUAUCGGGUAUGGGACCCUCUGGGCGCGUUUGCCCCUGAGAGCGGCCCAAAAGGUGGUGGGAGGAAAGCGGAUAGAGGUGGGGUGGUUCAGCUUCCCCGUGGAGGCGCUGGUGGCACGGCGUAUGCAGUGCUACCGGUGCCUCGAGUACGGGCACGUGGCGCGUACCUGCACCGGGGUCGACCGGAGCAGGGCGUGCUACAGAUGCGGGGAAAAGGGCCACCUCGCCAUCACGUGCCGUGCCGCUCCCAAAUGCACUCUAUGUGCCAAGGGACAGCCCUAG